UCAGAAGCCAUAGCUUGUUUCACCUAAAGAGAGAAAAAAAGGCUUUGCUCCAUCAACCUACCUACCCCCACAGAAGCAAAUGGAGUUCAAGCCCAAGGCGACCGUGUGCGCGGUGAUGCUGGUGCUGCUCCUGCUUUCCUCCUACAGCGGCGGCGGUGGCAUCGGCGUGGCGGAGGCGCGCAUUUGCACGGGGAAGAGCCAGCACCACUCGUUCCCGUGCGUCUCGGACAAGAGCUGCACCAAGACGUGCCUCAGCGAGCACGGCGCAAAAUGGACGGCCGGCUACUGCAAAAUCAGGCGCUGCACCUGCCAGAGGGAGUGCUAGGGCAGACGCUCCGCGCGCGAGCUCCCCCACCCCCGCCCCGUCCAUGGCGCCGUCUGUCAAACGAAGCCACCUAUGUAUCUUAAGUCUUAACUACCAUGUACCCACUCGCCGCCUCUGUCAGGAGAUGUAAUAAAACGUGGCGCGGCGACCCGCCGGCGCGUCACCGCUGUACGUAGCAUGAUGCAUGCCACGCGUUGCUUUUGGUAACAAAAUAAAUUGAUUUAU